CGCGUCAGUAGUUACGUGUCUGCGUAUACAUGCAAAUCACUAUUUAAAUUUAUAGCAAGUCGCCAAAGGAGGUACGCCGGAUGCGGCGACAGGCAUUGUCGUCCUUAACAAUCUAAUGGUAGUGAACGCACGUUUGCAUAAUCGGCUACCGAUCGCGACGAUUCAUUGCAUAAGGGACUUCAACUUCCCAUCGAGAUUGAGUUAUUUACCUGCUGCAAGUUGCAAGCAACAAUGACGGAGAUGCCGCAGCUACGAAUCACGAAAAGUAUGUUGCUCCGAUUUGUUGUCACCACCACUGCUCUCACCGCCACUGCUACAAUCGGCACAACCAUCACCGACAGCACUCGAUGCACUUAGAGAAAUAGAUAAAAAAAGUGACAAAAAAAAAAAAAAAUUAGGGAGCAUUAAAUAAAGAAAAAAAAGCCGAGGAAAAAUAGAGCACCGCCGUUAUGUUCGUAAAACUAAGCCGAUCGCAUCAUGCCGCAGACAAGUUGGGUUCCCGGCACGCCCAGGUUCUGCUGUUGUUCCUGGGCAUGGCGACGGCGUUCGCGCUCAGGGUCUGCAUGUCCGUCGCCAUCGUUGCCAUGAGAAACAAAAACUCUGCCAAUCCGGAUUUUCCGGACUACAACUGGACGGGCCAGACAAGCAGUUUGGUAAUGAGUUCCUUUUUCCUGGGCUACAUCGUCACGAUGGUGCCCAGCGGCAGCCUGGCGAGUCAUUGGAGCGCCCAGAAGCUCCUUGCCCUGGGCAUGCUCGUCAGCUCGAUACUAAACAUGCUGAUACCACUGCUGGCCGAUUACGGCUCUAUUUACGUGAUGACGUGUAACGUGGCGAUGGGAUUGUCCCAAGGAUGCCUGAUGCCCUGCGUCCAGACUCUUCUAUCUCGUUGGGUACCGCCUUUGGAAAGGGCACGACUAGGUUCCUUUGUGAUGAACGGCCAGCAAUUCGGAACUGUGGUGGCUAUGCCGGUUUCCGGUGCGUUGGCCGCCUCGAGUAUCGGUUGGCCGAGCAUUUUCUACGUUUUCGGCGCGAUCGGCAUCAUCUGGAGCUUAAUUUUCUACUACACCGGGGCAGACUGUCCUUCCGUUCAUCCACGAAUCAGUCAGAAGGAGGCGGAGUACAUUAACAGUAGUCUAGGAAAUUUAAUCAAAGCUAGCGAAGACGAGAAACCAAAAGUUCCUUGGAAAGAAAUAUUAACAUCCGUCCCUAUGUGGGCCCUGAUUAUCGUGCAUUCUGGACAUAAUUACGGAUUUUACACACUCCUAUCAGAAUUACCGACUUACAUGAAAUCAGUUUUAGGGUUUGACAUUUCACAGAGCGGAGGUAUCUCGGCUCUGCCUUACUUGGCCAUGUGGGUCAUGGGCUUUCCAAUAAGUUAUUUUUCCGAUUACGCGUUACAAAAGGAAGUAUCUGUCGUGACGAUUCGUAAGGUCGCCAAUUCGAUCGGACUUUGGAUUCCAGCCUUAGCUAUGGUGACUUUGUGUUUAGUCACGACAACCGACAAGACUGUACUUGUAGCAAUUCUCAUCAUUGCCGUUGGAUUUAAUUGUGGAACCACUUGUGGCUUUCAAAUAGUCCAUAUUGAUAUGUCUCCCAAUUACGCUGGAGUAAUGAUGUCAAUUACCAGUGUGAUAGCCAACAUCGUGGGCAUCAUAGCUCCAGUGGUCUGUGGCACAAUUGUUACUGUAGAGGACAACGAGAAUCAAUGGCAUGUUGUAUUUUAUAUUACGGCAGCGAUCUACUUCGUGACGAAUCUAAUAUUUUUAAUAUUUGGCAAGGCUGACAUUCAACCGUGGAACGACCCAGUUGAAAAACUUAAAGAAAGCACCACUCAAAUCCCUACAAUAUCUGAUCACGUGUGAAAACAUUUGUAUCUGUAUGAUAUAGUUUUCAUAAUUAUUAACUAUCAUUGAAUAUUUAUUAUGGGAUAUAAUUUAUGUUAAUGGCUGAUCAGGAAGAACAUCAAACAUAUUUGAAAUUGAAAGAUCAGCAGUUCAGCUAAUUUUGUGUGGUCAUACUGUUGUAUAAAGGGCACACAAGUGUUAGCAGAAAAAAAAAUUAUGUAAUAAUGUGUAGUUGUAUUUUUAAUUUUUUAUUAUCACGCAAAGAAAAUUACUUUUAAAGUAUUUUUAUAAAAUAAAGCAAAAAAUAGUAUCUAAAAACUACUACAACGCAAGUCAGUUACUGUAAAGAUGUUUUCAAUCAAUUAUAUCUACGAAAAUACAUGAAAGACAAAUACUCUCAGCCACAGUUUUGAACGGAGACGAAUUAAUUGUUUCAGUAAGAAGACACUUGAUUUUCACAUUUUUUACGUAACAGAGGCUAUUUAAAAAGAUAAGCUGAAAAUACGUAAUUAUGUAAUGGCACGAACAUUUUUUUCUUGUAGCUUUACCAUCACUAUACUGGUAUUAACAAAGAGUCGAGAUCUCAGUAAAUUUUGAUUUGUUGUACAAUGAUAUAUAUACUUAUGAAUCUAAUGCAAAAUUUAGUAUUAUGUUUUAGUUGUUAUUUGUAUUAUAAGAUCCUUCGACCAAUUUAAAUAAAUAUAACAACUUAAAAAUAUGCGUUUUUAAUAAAGUUCUAUUAUUAAAAAAAAAUGUUAAUAUGUCUAAUUUCUCAAUUAACAUUAU